UCUAUUGUAAAUAAAUAAUGUUAGCUGUGUUAAAGUAAAAGAAAUUAUAGUGGCUAUUUAAAAUAAAAUUGCAAUUGAACGAAUUAGAAAGGCUUGGGAAUAAUUAAUUAUUCAUUGUGAACAACACAGACUGUGUUUAAAUUGAGUAAAAAAUUUGUUAGUUCUGAAACUAAAAGCUGUGUUAAUAGACGAAAACUAUGUGGUCCGGCAAGAGGCUGACGUGGAAUUUGAUGUGGACUUACCAGAAUUUAGAACAUCAGGUGGUGUGGUACGGGGAGAAAGGGGUGAGGUGACUGCACCCCCGCUGCUCUGGGUGAAGGCUCUAGACAUGGUUAUGGAUAGACUUGUGCUUGCGGGUGUAGACUUCUCGAAUGUUGAGGCUGUCUCUGGAGCCGCACAGCAACAUGGGUCUGUGUGGUGGACUAAAGGGUCUGAAGAGAAGUUAAAGAAUCUAUCUUCAGAAGACUUCUUACACAUUCAACUUGCUUCUGUGUUUGCUGCUGACUCUCCAGUAUGGAUGGACUCUAGCACAAGUGCCGACUGCAGAGCUCUUGAAGAGGCUGUUGGAGGACCAGAGGAGUUAGCAAAGGUAACUGGUUCAAGAGCGUAUGAAAGAUUCACGGGACCACAGAUCCGUAAAAUGUAUCGCACCAGACCUAGACUGUACAACGCAACAGAACGAAUAUCGCUCGUGUCCUCGUUCGCUUGUUCCCUGUUUUUGGGGAAGUAUGCGCCCAUUGACCUGUCCGACGGCUCCGGGAUGAAUCUCCUCGAUAUACAUAGUAUGAAGUGGUGUGAGGAAGCUCUCAAGGCUUGCGGUGAUGAGGAUCUAGUAAACAAACUGGGGACACCAGUGCCCACUGCAUCAGUGGUUGGAAACAUUUCCAAAUAUUUUGUGGAGAGGUAUGGGUUCAAAUCAACAUGUAAACUGGUAGCAUUUACUGGAGACAACUGCUCAGCACUGGCAGGACUACGCCUUCGCUCCGGUUGGGUGGGCCUCAGCUUAGGUACCAGCGACACAUUAUUGCUAGGGCUCCAAGAGGCCCGGGCUCCUCCGGCGGGCCACAUCCUAGUGGGGCCCACAGCGGACGCCCCGUACAUGGCCCUGUUGUGCUUCUCCAACGGGUCGCUAACAAGACAGAACCAUAGAGACAGGCUGGUCGGGCCCAGUUGGGACGACUUCAAUGAGUUACUGCGGUCUACUGUGAGAGGAAAUAUGGGAUAUAUGGGUAUUUACUACGAUACGGCAGAGAUCGUUCCCCGCGCUGUGUCGGGGCGCUGGCUGUGGGACGCCAGUGGCAAGCCGCUGGAGAAAGUGGCGCCCCAGUUUGAGACGCGGGCGCUGUUAGAGACCCAGGCACUAGCGAGGAGGGCUCACGCUGAAGACAUGGCCUUCAGACUCGACAAGUCGUCUCGCAUCGUAGCGACGGGCGGCGCGUCAGUCAACAAGGAACUGCUCCAGAUAUUCUCUGAUGUGUUCAACACGCCUGUCUACAUUCAGGAGCAACACGCAAACGCAGCGUUACUUGGUGCCGCCAUACGAGCUGCGGACGUGUGGAGCGAUCAUGUCGGCCUCAAGCUUUCCGGAUCGGAGCUCAAGGUAUCCCCAGUCGCAACUCCAUAUUCUGAUGCGGAGAACAUUUAUACGCCGAUGAUGAAACGAUACCGGGAGCUCGUUCAACAAGUCCCGACGUUAUGUUGAUGUUAUUGUUCGAUUGGUCGAACUGUUGGUACUAAUAGUAAGACUACAUAUACCAUACAAACUAAUUUAAUUAUAUAGUACAUGACUAUAAAUUGAUUGCUUAUGAUCUACUAUUUCGGGAAACUUUUCAAAGUUUCAGUAUAAAGACAAGCCUAAGUCUUAUUUUUACAAAAUUUCAUCAAAAUCAAAUAACUAAUUUAACGGCGGAGAGUUACUUUAACAUUAAUUAUGCAGUACUAUGUUAGUAUAUAUGUUAUCCAUACAAUGGAUAUCUAUCUAUUACCAUUAUAUUAUAUUUAUUCUCCAAUGUCCACGAGAAAACUAGAAAAUUAUUUGAUUGUGAAUAAUGCAGUGUGAAGGUAUUAAUUUAAAUAGAUCAAGCACAUCAAAGUAACAUUUUAAAUAUUAUUAUGCCUUGCAGUAAUGUUAUCUUCCUAAUAAAUAUAUAGAAACAUAAAUAAUAUCUCACAUAUUAUAGAUUUAAUAAUUAAUCUGCUAAUAUUAUGGCACACACUUCCUCGUAAAUUGUACGAAUAUUAAUAGAACAUUCUAGAAAUUUGAACAUUCCUUUAAUAUCAAGACAACUUUAUACAUAUAUCUUGUUUUGUUUGUUGAUUAUUGUUAUUUUUUGAAGUGAAAACUUCCUUAGCGGCGUUGAGCACUUUUCUUAGGAUGGGUAUAAAAUGAUAAACUCGCGUCAGAACACGUGACCUGAUCGAAAAUUCGUAAGACAGUCGUUGGGAUUAAUUUUAUACAGGUACCAGGCGAUCAUAGUUGAAGAAGAGAUUGUGUUAUGUAUGUAUACCUUAAUAUAUUAUAAGUAAUGCUGUGAGCUUUAGUUGAAUAAUAGACUUUUGUAACUCGUGAUAUUAUAGCGAAUUGAAUUGUUGUUGAAUAUUUUAUAAAACGAUUUAAUGUGUCUAAUUUAUAAUGUAAUCUAAAUUUAUUGACAAUAAUUUUGGACUAAAAUAUAUGUAUGACCUUCAAUUGACCUUAUGUGAGCCGAGAAAUUUAUCAUUCUAAAUAAUUGCGAACAUUCCUUGAUUUAACUGUUAUAAUCGUUUUACUCUUGAUAAUAUAUUGUAACUUUUAUUAUUUUCUUGUUGAGUUUUAUCUAAUUUGUUUAUGACCAUAGAUGCUAAAUGACAUUCCAGUAAAAAUGUUAAUAUUUAAUCACAAAUAUUUAUUUCUUUUUAUAUUUUUACACAAUGUUUAAUAUAAUAUACUUUAAUGUUUUA